AUUCCUCAGACAGGUACACGGAGUAAUGUAGCUCAUCUGGAAGGGGAGAUUAAAAAUAGUAAUAUUUAAAUGGCCUAAACAUUUGAAAGGGGAGUGAGUAGAGCUACAGAGCAGCGUGAUUUUGGUGGGGGGACACACAGUUGUAAGUGCAGCCUGGUCCUGAGAGAGUGGGGUUGCACUCGGUUAAUUUUGGGUAACUCAUGGAGGAUGGAAGUUUUUAAUUAAUUUUUCCAUCCCUGUGAUAGAGAUUGAAGUUUCUAAUGUGCAUUGCUGACAUUUUUCUUCCAACCCUUCCACUGCUUUCACCUUGCCCAUCACACCUGGGACCAUGCUACAGGCAGUUUUCUGUCAGACCAGGGCUCUAUCCAGCUCUUCUCUGUGAAACCAAUAUGUGUUGUGCACCCAACAGCAAAGCUAACAAGGUGGACAGCCACUUAGAAAGGGAGCUGCUUCCUUCCUGCACAAAUUAGUACCCUGUAAAGCUGGCAGUGAUUUGUGUUGGUGCUGGGGUGCAUGAUGACUGUGUGUUUUUCAAUGUGUUAAUGAUUUACUUUGGUUAGCAAAAGUCAAACUACAAAAAUUGCUUUGUGCUUCCCUGAAGUUCCCUGUGCUGAUAAAUUAUAACUAAGGCCUAACACAGGUUUACAUUCAGUAAUGUAAUAGCUGUUUUCUCAGAGGACAAUGGAGUAAUGCAGCUUUUUAGCAAAAUCUCUGACAAAUGUACUAUUAUUUCAGAAAUAUUUUACCCGGAUUAAAAUCUCAGUAGAACUGAAAUCUUGGAACAUUUCUGAGGCUCAGGAAAUAAAUAUCUUUAUUAAGCUAAGGUAUUCAGAGCUGGCGUAGUUUUAUGUGGUAUUAAAAGUCAAACAUAAUAUUAAAUUACAUGAUUUUUUUUUAUUUUUUAGGGCGUACUAGUUUACAUUAAAAUAGAUGGUAAAUAAGAUCCAAAAUGUCUGAUACAACAGAUAAUUGCAAUAGUCUUUUCAUUUUACUUCAUAAAUAAUUUAAAGUUAUCUAAGUAAUAGAAAAUGCUUUUCUAUACGUGGCAAAGUUGGGCAAAGACAUCCUAUAAGAAUAAUAAUAAAUACCAGUUUUUAAAGAAAGAUCAUAAAAAUAUCUACACCUGAAAAUUCUGGAUAUUUAUUUAUUAUUAUUCUGGAUAUUUUAACAAGGAAAUCUGAAAAAAUUCCUUAAUUUGGAAAGAUGGGAAGGGGUUGCCACUUAGGUACUUUCAUCCCAGUCACAUGGCUGUGCAGCAUGAGUGGAUUUUAUUAGAGAAUUUAAUAUGGGAUUGAUGAAUUCCUGAAGAUCUGAGUUUAUUUGUAUUCUAGGAAAUUCUUGAGAUACUGCUUCUGGAUCAGUACUUUUGUUAUUGUUGUUGUUAAGAAGCAAGUCAGAUUGGGUUCGAGGCAGAUUGUAAGGAAACAGGAAGUUUCUAAAACACUGAGACAUCGAAGCUAAACACAGUGGCACUGGCUGUGAAUCUGGCCUCAGAGCAUCACUCAGCAAUAGGACAAUCUUCACAUACAAGUUUCUAACUCUCUUAGGUCUCUGUACAUCUUCCUAGCUUUCCUUUUAAUGGUUCUCUACACUGGGCUCCCUUGGAAGAUGCUUCUGCUGCUCCUGAGAUCUGCCACGAGUGGCACUUACCUCGUGGCUGGCCCUGCUGCAAGGGCUUCUGUCACUGCUGAAGCUGUCCUGCUCCAGCAGGGGUGUGGGGUAAGGGGGAAGACAGAGAGACCCCAGAGAGUUUUAUUUCUACCAGGUUGGAAAGCAAGGAUGAGACUUUCAGAGGAAUGGUUCUACUUGCCCCCCUUGCCCUCGUCUUCUGCCAAGGGAGUCAAAAGCAUGGUCAAUGUCAAGAAGGGGCAGUGGCUCCUGAUUAACUGGCCAUACUCCUAUCUCUAAUAAUUUACAUAUUUUGUUAUUCCAUAUCAGAAUGUGUGACUCAGAUCUAUGAAAAUACAUACUUCCAAGGAGGAGAUCUCUCCACAGUUUUCACACCAAGUGCCAAUUACUGUCAAGUAGUGUGUACUUACCAUCCUACCUGUCUGCUCUUCACAUACUUGCCAGUGACAUGGACUAAAGAUCCUGCAAAGAGCUUGCAGCCCAGAUGUCCACAAAGGUCUGGAUAUGGAAGGGGAAAAUUAUGAUGUUACUGUGGCUGAGAACUAUCAACAGUGUCAAAAAAGAUGCACGAAUGAUGACCACUGUCAUUUUUUUACAUAUGCCUCAAAAACAUUUCACAAUGCAAGCUUUCGUGAAAAAUGCUUCUUGAAACAUACCAGGUUAGGAACUCCAACCAGCAUAAGGGUGCUUGAUGAGGUUGUGUCUGGAUUCUCCUUAAAGCCAUGUCAGCUUUCUGAAAUAGAUUGUAAAAUGGACCUUUUUGAACAUCAAGAAUUUUCAGGAAUGAAUGUUACAAGUUUUUUCACUCCUGAUACCUCCGUCUGCCAAACUAUUUGUACUUAUUUUCCAAACUGCCUGUUCUUUACGUUUUUCACCAAGGAAUGGCAAAUAGCAUCCCAAAGAAAUCUUUGCCUUCUGAUGACCUCAACAAGUGGAACACCAGAGGCACUUACGCUACGAGAAAAUGCAAUAUCGGGCUUUGGUCUCCUAAAUUGCAGAAGAUACUUUCCUGCCUGCAAUUCUCGCACUUAUGUGCAUAUGAAUUUUUUGGGAGAUGAACUCAAUGUCACUUAUACAAAUGGACACAAAGCCUGUCAGCAGGUUUGCACGGACAUGAUCCGCUGCCAAUUUUUUACCUAUUUUCCCCUCCAAGAUUCAUGUAACAAGGAAAGAAAGUGUGAGUGUCAUCUAAGAAUGUCCUCAAAUGGAUCUCCAGUGGAAAUACAACAUGGACCAGGAAGGAUCUCUGGAUACUCACUAAGAUUAUGUAAAAAAAAAGCCAGUACUGUAUGCAUGCAGCAUUCUGCAAGAACUAUUAGGAUAGUUGGAGGGACAGACUCUUCCCCUGGUGAAUGGCCAUGGCAAGUAAGCUUGCAUGUGAAAUUGUUUCGGCGGAGACAUCACUGUGGGGGCUCUAUCAUCAGUAACCAGUGGAUUCUAACAGCUGCUCACUGUUUCAUGAGUCGUCAGAAUCCCAACAUUUGGCGUGUUUAUGCUGGUAUUUUAAAACAAUCAGAAAUAAAAGAGGAUACACCUUUCUUCAAAGUGGAAGAGAUUAUUAUUCACCCUCAGUAUACAUAUGAACAGACUGGAUAUGACAUUGCUUUACUGAAACUUGAUAAGCCUAUGAAUUUUACUGAUCUUCAACUACCUAUUUGCCUGCCAUCGAAAGAAGAAGCUAACAUGCUUUAUACUGACUGUUGGGUAAUUGGAUGGGGUUACAGAAAGGAAAGAGGUCUUGUAGAAGAUAUUCUUCAGAAAGUUACUGUUCCUCUAAUGUCAAAAGAGGAAUGCCAGGCAAGAUACCGGAAGCGCAGAAUAGAUGACAAUGUGAUCUGUGCUGGCUAUGACGAAGGUGGAAGGGAUGCUUGCAAGGGAGACUCGGGAGGACCACUGUCAUGCAAGCAUGAGGAGGUGUGGUAUCUCGUGGGCAUCACCAGCUGGGGUGAAGGGUGUGCUCGCCCCAGGCAGCCGGGUGUCUAUACAAAAGUUGUUGACUAUUUAGACUGGAUUCUAGAAAAAACUACAUAGUGUGAGUGUAAUCUAUGGGCUCGAAGUGAUGUCAUGGAAUAACAACUCCAGGGGCAACGUGAUGACGUGUAUUAACGUUUUUUAAAUGGUGUUUCCUGUUAGCUUGAAACAUAAAAGACUUGAUUAAAGAAAUAGAAAAGCAAGAAUAAAGGAACUUUACAGUUACUAAAUAAAAAUA